AAGCCCUCGCUGUCCUUGUCAAAAGCCAUCACAAUUCCGUCCAUCACGCACUCGCACUCGCACUCGCACUCGCACUCCGUCCGCACCGGCCACCGCCCUGCAAUCGGCACACCUGGAUUGGACAGCGACCACCCCGACCGUCCCUCAGGCACAAUGAUAAGCGACUCUCCCAUCAUCAUGGGCGGUGCAGUGCGCCGGCCUGCUCCUGCGCCUGCUUCCGCAUCCAUGUCCCCCCUCAAGAAUGGUAAUGGCAAGGACGCCAAGGCCGAUGACAACAAGCCCGCUGGUGGCACGUACAAAGGCAAGGAGCACAACUGGGCACUCCAAGCCUCCGCGCGCAUCAACCAAGACGGCAUCUGGCAGCACGUCCUAACCGUCGGCAUCAUCUACCUCACCUACUGGAUCAACCAGCAGCCCGCCACAGGACAGCUCUACGACUCGCUCACCGCCAAGUAUGGCACCUUCAACAUCAACCUCUGGGGCACAUGGAUCGUCUCGAGCGCCGUGUACUGGAUCAUUGGGCUCAUCUUCAUGGCCUUUGACAUGAACGACACGCUGCACGCCACCGUCGCGCGCUUCAAGAUCCAGCCCGACCGCCGCAUCACCUGGCAAGAGUACCGCCAAGUCCUGCGCUGCGUGCUCAAAAACCAGAUCUUCGUCAACCUCCCCCUCAUCUACCUCGUCGCGCGCUUUUCCCCGCUCGACACAUCCAGCAACCUCCCCGGAUGGUGGAAGACGUUCGGCGUCUACUUUGGCUGCAUGUUCUGCGAGGAGGCCGGGUUCUACUCCGUCCACCGCCUCGUACACCACCCCAAGCUCUAUGCGCGCGUGCACAAAAUGCACCACCAGUUCACGGCGCCCGUCGCGUUCGCUAGCACAUACUGCACCAUGGCCGAGCAGGUGUUUUCCAACAUCGGCCCGAUCGCCAUCGGCAUCGUCCUCAUGCGCCCGCAUUGGUCGCUCAUGAUCCUCUUCUUCUGCAGUCUCGAAAUCGGCACGCUGACGACUCACUCCGACUACAACAUUCCCGGACUGUACGACGCGCUCGUCCACGACUGGCACCACUACGCGUUCACUGAAAACUUCGGGCCGACCGGCCUGCUCGACGACAUCCUCGGCACAAACAAGCAGUUCAAGGUGUGGCUGAGCGAGCUGCGCCGCCGCGACAACGAGGGCUGGCGCCGCUCCGCCAGGGAGGCAUUGGCAGAAGCGACACAGUAGGGUGCAGCUAGAUUGUGAGCGGCGAGAGCGCGAGGGAGGAGAGUUAGCAUAUAGCAACCAAAAUUAGAAGUAUUCUUCGAGUCCCGC